GUACGUGAGAACGUUCAAAUGUGAUAAUAUCCAUAAGCUAUGUGUUUAGGGAAACUUUAGUUUUCUUGUUUGAUCAGUUGUACAUAGUGCAGCUAUGCAAUAGCGGGGACAUUUACUACAAUGGUCAUCAGAUGAGCGGGCUCUUGGAGAAAGGUCUCCAAAGGCACGCGGCUCGGUGCGAGCCCUCGAAGCCUCACGAGUGGUGAGAGCAGAAAAAGGAACAGAUAAAUAAAAUUAUUUAUAAUUCAAAAUCACAGUGAAACACAUGCAAUAGUUAUGUAAAGCCGGGCCGGGCGGGAGCAUGAGAGUGUGAUGGGUCGGCAGCAGAACAGCAGCAGCAGCAGUAGCAGGCAGCCGAAUCGUAAAGGAUAAAGUGAAACAGUGAAAACCAUUCAAGGAUCUCAGCACCGACAUUGCUCGCCAAAGUGUGGUAGCGGAAUAUACGCUAUGCAAAGAACAAAGACACACAUAGACCUCGUACUGCAUCUGUGGCGUUCGAUUGGUGUUCCUCGGCGUUUGGCGAGUCCUAUCGUAAGGAAGGCGAGAAAGACGAGGAACACCGACAGUGGCCAAAUGGUGGAGCAAUAACAGCGCCAGCAGAGCUCACCGUAGUGUCGUCAGUGGCUAGGUGGGGCGUUAGUGUGUGUAUGUGUGUGUGUGCGUUUGUAUACCUUGGUAUACUACUGUGCACUAACUCUCCUGCUGCUAUCCGGCGUUAGUUUGUGUGUGUCUGUGUGUGCGCGCGCGUGUAGAUAAAUAUAGUGCGGUAGAUGGAUGUGGUGCCAACCAUCCUGCGAGAACGGGUGCUCGAGAACGUACAGUAGUGACAUUACUGCAAAAACAACCAGCCAGAAUCAACAACAACAGUCGAACACAGUCGCCGAGGUCACCGCCAGCCGACCGCGAAGUAUCAUAAACGUCAAGCGUCCGUUUUGCUUCAGUUAAACCUUCGAGGAGUUCUCCAUCCCAUCCUGCAAGCACCACCGGUGGAAAGAAGGAAAAUUCGCACUACCAUUUCCUUUUUUUUCGUUUUCCAUUUUUCCGUUUUCGUUGUGCCUUCGUUUCAUGUGCCGUGUCUUUCCGUUCGGUGCGUUCCUAAAGUGUUUUAUUUAGUUUUUCCUUUCCAUUUCAUCCGCGGCACGACAUCACCCGUCGUCCCGUUGCCCAAAACUCUUGAGCUCCUGCGUUCUCGGUUUGCUUUGCACGAAACACGGUACGGAACGCACAUGCCAUCUGACGCGACAUCCUGGCAUAAUAACUCGCCCCCGGUCAGGUGGGUGCAAUAAACACGGCACACUGGCGCACGCUAGCAGUGCUGAGAAAUGUGGUUCGUGAGAACCUGGGCAUGUUUCUCGUUUGCGUAAGAAAUCGUUUAGUAGUUAAAGAAGAACAAGAGACUGCUGCAGGCUUAUUAUCGGCUAAAGUGAAGGUGCGCUACGCAAUCGAUGCCGAUCCGUGCCGAUCGUGGAUGAAUAAUGGAUGCUCCAUAAGAGGGAGCCGUUGCUCACAACAGCCGGUAGUGUGAUUGUAGUGUUGUGAAUGUCCCUACAACUCAGCAAAUGAUUGCUUUUGGGUGCGAAAAUUUUGGCAACAAGUGACCUCGUACUAGAGUGUAGGGAUUCAAUCGUGCGACAACCGAUCACCGAAGUACUUCGCGUCCAAAGGCUCGAGUGUGUAACGCAUCACACUAAAUCAUCAGCAAACUAAGCUAACAAACCCACACGCAGACACACACACACGUACACAUCUAAAUAUAAGUGCAAACUAUCAGCCACCCCGAAACGUAGUCGGUCCUGCAGGCAGCAGAUAUGGAUGAGGAAAUCGUCCCUCGUACACUGCGCGAAAAGGCACUGUUCUAUACUACGGCCUUCUUUAUCCUGCUUGGCACCUUUAGCCUGUUCGCUUUCCUGUUUCUGGUACCGUUUGUGAUCGAACCCGCAUUCCAGACCAUCUUCAUGCAGUUCGAUGAGUCACCGGCCCUGUGCGUGACCGCCUACAAUGAGCAUCUGUACGGGGCCAAGAACUGUUCCUGGGCGUCGUGUCGCGAAGGCUGCACCAAGGACAUCUACGAGUGCCAGCAGAUACGCGUCAAUUACAAGACGGCCGCCCAGCUAGCGGCCGCCGCCGCCAAGGAAGCCGCCGGUACGGAUACGCCCGGCACAGCCCCAUCGCACCUGUCGUCACCGGCCCAGCCGGGCGCGUCGACGGCGAUCACUGCAACAAAAACCACUGGUGAUAGUAGCAUUAGUAGAGAGGAGAGUAGAGAUAAUAGUAUAGCUAGUAGUUCCAAUAGCGUAGGCAACAACAAACCGGCAAGCGGCAAGCAGCCAAUCAGCACCUCCGACGGUGCGUCCCGACCGAUCGGCGCUGGCGUUCCGGCCGGUGCGCAGAAUAGCAGAUACGGCAGUGCGCUGAAUCGCUUCGAGCGUGCGAUCCGGGCCGAUUACGACUAUGGCGAUAUGCUGGUGGAGAACAGCAACGGGCUGAACGGUUUCGGCGACCCGAAGAACGGGUUCAUCAGCUCGAUCAUCGACGACGAGAACGCGUUCAUCGAGUACCCGGAGGAGAUGACUGGGCUGAUGGGCAACAACUCCGAGUGGUACUUUACCGGCGCUCGGCUCUACCCGAACGUGAAGGGAUGCGGCUAUCCGCCGAUGCUGAACUGUACCAUCUGGACCAAGAAGUACUGGACGAUCGGGACGAACUUUACCUGCUAUUAUUCGCGCGUUGAUCCCGAGCUCGUGAUCAGCGAUCUGGACAUGUGGCAGAACACGCUCAAUCUCGUGUACGCCAUGGCCAUCCCGAUACCGUCGUUUAUCAUCUCGGUGAUCUAUCUCGCGUUCGCGUACUUCGUCAUCUUCAACGAGGACGAGGAGGCCGCGCUGCUGGACAAGAACGGAGAGGAUGAGGCCGGCGAGGACGAUCUGCAGGAAACGGACGAGGGUAACGAUAACAAGAUCAACAACGAGAACGAAGUCGAAGUGACCGCAAACCACAUCAACGAAAAGCAGCAGCACCAGGAAUCGAUGGACGAGGACAAUGUGCAUACGACGACCACGACUCCGAUCCAGCCACUACCGAACGGUACUGCCAACUCCAUCAACAACACCAACACGACCGCGACCACCAACACGAACGGUUCGUCCAAACCGAUCACGCCCAACUCCACCUCCGACCUAAACUCCUUCGGCCACCAGCUGAAGGUGAAGAUGGCCGACGAAAUGUCGCGCGAAAGCAUCGAUGGCGGUUUGCUUUCGAACUCGGCAUCAUUUCAAGGAAACUUGAGCAAGACGAUGACGACCAGUAUCUCGACUCCGCCUGGUCCGAUAGCCGCAGUCUGAAACGUCAAGUGCACGGUCUGGAGGACGUUAAGUUUAAAUUUACUAAGUAAGAAUCUGCUUAUCUUAUGAUUGUUGAAGCCGUUGCCUGGUGAACGCUGAAACACUUCUAGCGGUGCGCAUCAAACUUUCGCCUCUACGCGGACGCUGCAACGCUGCAGAAAAAAAUCCACUAGAAAACUAGCAACUAUAUCAUUCAUGCGCAUCUAGCUAAUGACCAUUAUCGAAAGCAAUGCAAGGCAAACCAUACGAGCACAAAAGCGAACGAGCAGCUAUUAGCAGACAGCAAAAGAAAGUCUCACAAUUUGGGACACUAAUCUUGACACACGAACUACGAUCGCGCAACAAAUCAUGCGAAUGACGAGCGAGCGCAAAUGAGUUCCCACGCAGAGAGCAGAGGAGAAUGAUCGCGAGCGAGACAGUAAUGCACUAGCUUCGUAACGCCGUAACGCGAUCAAUAACGCCGUGUAACACAGGCAGGAUUGUACGAGUGUAAACAAACGCGAUGUGUGUUACUUUUGGGUAAAAGCUAUUUGCUGUUUGCUUCUUUUUUAAACAUUUAGAUGUAAACAUAAGGCAAUGCACAAAUGCAGCCUGCUUUUGUGCGGCGAAAGAAUGGGCCAAAGUACUAUUUAAUUUUGCAUCUAUUUUCGCUUGAUCAAGAAAGGGUUUUAAAUGUCGGGCAGAAAGCAACACAAUGAUACGGUACGUUUAAAUGUUAAAAAAAAACUACUACAAAGUGGAAAAGGGUUCCAAUUUGCUUUAAGACACGAUUGUUCGGCAUUAGUUUGCGAUUGUCCGAUUAGUGUGCCCACAGUGUAUGUGUUGGUAGAUUGAACGGAUGAUGGAGCUGUUUCACACACUCUCUGCCUCGUAGUGAAGUUGAUGAACUGUCGUAGAAGGGGUAGUCAGCCGAUGACGGGUCUAAACACACACACACACAGAUCAUUGCUAUCAAGGGCGCGUUUCAGGAAGAGAGUUUACUAGUGUGCAACAUUAUUUAUUGCAAUUCCCACAGAGGAUAGAUAUUACGGAUGAUAAAGCAAGCAAGCUAACAAGCUGAGGCAUGAGGAACUGUUGAUAGAUUUUUACCGAACUAGAUUAUUAGAAUGAAUAAGCCACAGCAGCAGCAUAAGUACAGACAAAACAGCACACAACUGAUGUAGAAUAGUCCCAAUAGCAGAAAUUUGUAGCGCGCAUAAGAGAAAGCGAGAGAGCGAGAUAGACAGAAAUAGGGAAAAAGUAGUUCGGACAAUGCAUGGAAUGGGGUGGAACAAACAAACAAAAAACACAUAAUAAUCAUAACCGUCAGCCGGAACAAAGUUUACAAAAAAAACCAAAAACAAAGCAAAAUGCAAACGCGCCAUUUCGUUGAAACUAUCUCUAAAAUGAUGUAGCUAAUGAAGGUUUUAUAUGGAGAGGUGGGAAAGAUAGCAUGGGAUGAAAUUUAGCAUUACCGAUAUCGCUGGGAGGAUCUAAAUUUUUUUCGUAGACUAGGAAAUCAGAACAUAAUUUAAUGCAAAAGAAAGGAAAGGAAAGAAAAACAGUCUUACAAAGAGAGAGAGAGAGAGAGAGAGAGAGAGCGAACCGAGUGUUAAUUAUUGGAAAAAGGGAGCAUAGUCAAGUAUGGUUUUACAAAUUUAACCCCUUUUUGAGGCUUGUUUUCGAUUUUCGAGGAGCUCACUACAAAUAACGACAGAGCUAGCGAUGGGCAAGUCCACUUUACAUUAAUUUAAAAUGCCCACAAUUUUUGUCUUGCUUUACACUUCUGCCGCAAAGAUUUUUAAACGGAAGAACUAGACGUAACGUGCUAAUAGUGUUGCAAUCCUUUCGUUGUUCCGGGUGGGGCCCUGUUAUUAGUGUACACACGUGCUGAUGAGUGCAAACCAUAUUAUAAGCGGGCGGUACUUUUAAACGCCUUCCACAAUGCUUACCAAAGUCACCUAGAGCAAUACGGUUGUAAAAAAAAACUUUCGAGGCUGUUUCUUGUACUCAUCUGUCUGUCUCUGGGUGUGAUCGUUUUCCUACCGCGCUCGUACAUCCAAUCGUUCCGUCUGCAAAGUGUUAAGUUUUCCUGAUGUUCCAAAACGCUAAUAUUCAUUGGCUGCUUGAAUUAAAGCCCGAAAAUCGAUGGACGGAUGUAUGUCUAUCGUUUCGUUUUUUUUCUAUAUACAUAUAUAUUUCUAUAUAUACCUUUGUGACUGUUUCUUCUGCUAAACGUGUUAAACAAGAACAACAAAAAACGAAACAGAAUCCUUGUAAAAAAUGUCUGAAAUUGAAUCAAUCAAUCAAAUAAAAACAAAAGCAAACAAAAAGCAAAACUAAGCAACAAAAAGCACAUAAAAAUAGUUAUAAAUUUUCCAAAUUUUAGCAAAACAAAACUGAGGCAAAAGUAAAGAGUGAAAGUGGGUAGAGUGGUGAGGCAAGCUGAGAGAAAAAAAGACGUACACAGUGAGCUCUGGUGCAUUGAACACUUCAAGAUGUUUAAAAUCUCAAAAGCUUUGCUAGUUUAAAAAGCUUCAUCACAAGAAAGUAAGAAACAAACAACAACAAAAAAAAACGGCAAAAAUAUAACUAUUCAUAUUAUUAACGAUAAAAGAGAGAAAACCCACAUUGUGCAUCCAAGAGGACGGAACGAGGGAAAGCGUUAAAAAUGCGUUACAAAUUCUCCGCUAUAAGCUCAUAAGAAAUAGCUCAUAUUCGAAGUGCGUGCGAAAACAAAACCAACAACAAAAAAAACAAUUACUCAUCUGAUCAUCUAAUUUUGAGACAACUUGACGUAAAUCUUAUGUAAAGAGCGAAGAGCAGAACGCAACACAAUCAUUCACACACCUUCACACACGAGCAACUGCGACAAAAUCGAUUACUUGUAAGCAGGAUGGAACGGAAUGUUACACACAGUUAGGCUUGUUGUGGUUUUUUCUUUUAACAAAAAAAAAUUGAAACUAUCGAUCACAAUUCAGAGCUUUUGUCGAGAUGGGGCGACGGCGGGUCGUGUUGUUGCCGGUGUUGCGUCUUUGACAUUGAUGGCCAUUGCAUUAGUAGCUCUACAAUUUAACUACCACCGUCCGUUCCAAAGAAGUAACAAAAAUUGUCCAUUGCAAUGAGACAGCUUGUGCUCAAUCAGGUAUAAUAUCAUCCAACGUUCAUACGCUCGCUGCUAGCGCAAAGCUGUAACUGGAAAUGCAUACGGCAUCAGCAACACUCACAACACACACACUUACAAAGUUUAGUAUUUGCAAGAAGCGACAACGCACAUUUAGCUGCCGAGUGCAUGCCACAUGUUUGUACAUAAAAAGGGGGUCUUUGGAUUGCAGAAGUCAUACAAACAAAUGCUACACAAUAGCAGUGAAGAAAAUAUAGAAUUAAAACCGAAACAUACACACACACACAUUUAGGUUGAACUAAACACAUACAAACAAACAGUAACUGGAGAAACGGAAAAGGAAAGAAAAACCAUACAAAACAAGAAAACUACUACCAAUACUGCUGCUACUAGUGAGUGGCGGUACCGCGUGAGUGAACGAUACUUACAAAUCCAACACCGAUCUUCUUAUGCUAUCUUGUGUUUUUCAAAAACAAAACAAAAACAACCAAAAGAAAAUUUUAUUGAGAUUGCAACGAAACAAAAUGCCACGUGUUGGUUAGUAAACGUUUAGUUGACGUGCUUAAUUUGCCUUACCCAAAGAUGGACAGCUGUACAUCCAACGGAAACCACACCACGAAGAAACCACACAAACCCUUUUCUGCCAGACCAGCAGGUUGUGUAGUAGCGGGAAGAUUUGUUUUUUUUUCGACUUUAAACAUAUAUUUCUCCCACUGAUAUGUAUCGCCUUGUGAUUGCUAAUUUUUAAUUUGUACAAGAGUGACGUCAUGAAAUGCGAAUACUUAGCCCCGGCAUGAGUAAAAUCUAUUGAGAAUAAAUAAAAUGUGAAAGCUUUA